AUGAUUAAAAAUAAUUUAGUGUUUUUAUUAUUAAUCGCGAGCGUGUUUAUUGUUCGUGGUGUUGUUGCAGAUGAUUUUUUAGAUUCAAAUUUGUAUAGACCCAAUAAUCCUUACUAUCCUAACGUACCUAAUAAUUCGUUCAGACCUAACAAUCCGUUUAGACCGAACUACCCCCCAGUUCCAAACAGACCAAAUAAUUCUUUCAGACCGGGUAAGCCACCCGUUGCAUACAAUCCAAACAAUACUUUUAGACCAAAUAACCCACCACCUGUACCAAACAACCCAAAUAACUCGUUCAGACCGAACAAUCCGUCUGCUCCCAACAAACCGAAUAACCCUCCACCAGUUGCAAGCAAUCCAAACAACUCCUUGAAACCGAACAACCCUCCGCCAGUUGCAAACAACCCAAACAACUCGUUCAAACCGAACAAUCCAUCAAUCCCCAACUUUCCACCCGUACUCAACAACCCCAACAACACACCCAAACCCCCAAUCGAUUAUUGUAAAUUAAAAUGUCCUCUUUCGGAUUUCACACGAUUGAUUCAUCUUCCGGGUCCGACGAAAAGUCAUUUUUACAAAUGUGAACUUGGUGUAGGAAUUCUUUUCGAAUGUCCUCCAAAUACGCAUUUCAAUCCCAGAGAUGAGGUAUGCGAUUGGCCAAGGAGAGCUAAAGCUGUUGCAUGUAAAGGUUCACCGAAUGCCAACCAGGAAGGUAGCGGCGACGAUAGUCCUUGA